UAGCCGGCUGCCGAGGCAACGAACACAUCACCGCGCAACGCCGCGGGCGGCGGAUGAGGCGCCUCCUCUGCGGCAGCCGCACCUCGCGCAGUGCCGCAGCGGACGCCCGGGUGGCCGGUGGCUGUGGUGCCGCAGCGCUGCCCUUCGUGGGCUGUGGGCUGCCGGCGCCGCUGCCCGCCGGCCCUGCACUGCUGCGGGUUGCGGCGGUCCUUGCUGCUCUGGAACGGUGCGCUUGGUGGAAUGGGAUAAGACCUGGUCAUGGUGCGCCGAGAUCGCCUACGCAGGAUGAGGGAGUGGUGGGUCCAGGUGGGGCUCCUGGCUGUGCCCCUGCUGGCUGCGUAUCUGCACAUCCCACCCCCUCAGCUUUCCCCUGCGCUACACUCUUGGAAGUCUUCAGGCAAAUUUUUCACCUACAAGGGACUGCGCAUCUUCUACCAAGACUCAGUGGGUGUGGUUGGAAGUCCAGAGAUAGUGGUGCUUUUACAUGGCUUUCCAACUUCCAGCUAUGACUGGUACAAGAUUUGGGAAGGUCUGACCCUGAGGUUUCAUCGAGUGAUUGCUCUUGAUUUCUUAGGGUUUGGCUUCAGUGACAAACCGAGACCACAUCACUACUCCAUAUUUGAGCAAGCUAGCAUUGUGGAGGCGCUUUUGCGGCAUCUGGGGCUCCAGAACCGUAGGAUCAAUCUUUUGUCUCAUGAUUAUGGAGAUAUCGUUGCUCAGGAGCUGCUCUAUAGGUACAAGCAGAAUCGAUCUGGUCGACUUACCAUAAAGAGUCUUUGUCUGUCAAAUGGAGGUAUAUUUCCUGAGACUCACCGUCCUCUCCUUCUCCAGAAGCUACUCAAAGAUGGAGGCAUGUUGUCACCCAUCCUCACACGCUUAAUGAACUUCUUUGUAUUCUCUCGAGGUCUCACCCCAGUCUUUGGGCCAUAUACCCGACCCUCUGAGAGCGAGCUGUGGGACAUGUGGGCAGGGAUCCGCAACAACGACGGGAACUUGGUUAUUGACAGUCUCUUACAGUACAUCAAUCAACGGAAGAAGUUUAGAAGACGCUGGGUGGGAGCUCUUGCCUCUGUAACUAUUCCCAUUCAUUUUAUCUAUGGGCCAUUGGAUCCUGUAAAUCCUUAUCCAGAGUUUCUGGAGCUGUACAGGAAAACGCUGCCGCGGUCCACAAUGUCGAUUCUGGAUGACCACAUUAGCCACUAUCCACAGCUAGAGGAUCCCAUGGGCUUCUUGAAUGCAUAUAUGGGCUUCAUCAACUCCUUCUGAGCUGUAAAGAGUAGCUUCCCUGUAUUACCUCCCGUACUCCCUUAUCUGUUGUGUAUUCCACUUAGAAAGAAAUGCCCAAAAGAGGUCCUGGCCACCAAAUACUAUUCUUUCCCAGAAGUCCACAUACUCACAUCGGUGAACAGUAUAUUGUAAAAAGCCAGCAGAGACUCUGCCUAAGGGUUGACCUAAUAUUCCACACCCCAUUCCUUUGACAUCUGACCAAGUGUAUGGACUUGACUUUGUCUUUGUGUUAUUAGGAAAUUCUGAUUGAGUACUACUACUCACUGAUGUGGAAAGAGAGGGGCAGACGUUUUUUAUAAAAGACUUUUAGACAUGGCUAUGGAUUUUUUUUCUGAAAUAUUUAGAAAUGUUAAUUGCUGGCCUAACCCCAAUUGAAAUAAAAAAGUAAAGAAUGAGGAGAGAGGGUGCUUUGAAUGGCUCUGAGCAAUACAGCUUCAAGUGAGUGAGUUUCCCUUGUCAUAACUUUGGAUUUAGUUUCAUCAGCUGUUUCUAAUUAUAUUUUGUUAAAACAGAUUUUGGUUUAAAUAAUGCAGUAUUCUAAGUAUGCUUUAAGACUGAUUUACCUACAUGUAUACAUGUAUUUUAUACUAAACCAGCAGACACUUUCUCUGGCAGAGUAGGGAACCUUAUUAAACAUGCUGAAUUUCUGAAUAAAUUGAACUAAAUCCAAACUAUUUUCAGAAUUUCCUAAAAUCACAAGGCAUUAUGGACCAAUAGCUUCUGUGCCAGAGAUUUACUGUUAUUAGCUGGAAAGACUAAUUCUAACAGCAAAUAACAAUAACUAUUCAUACCUCAGUACUUAGAAGCAUGUCCCUCCUGAGUUAAAGUGGAGGGGAGGGGAUCGUUGUAUAGUCCAAGUUACCAUGCUAAAUGUACACUGAUUCCUUUUACAAUGAUUGCUUAACUUCUCAUUGGUUGUCCCAGAGUGGCUUUCUCAUGAAGCUCAGCAAUUCCUGUGCUUUCAGACAGGAAAGUUCCAGAAAUUUUAAGAACAAAUUCUGAAAGACUUAUGAGCAAAUGGUGCUGAAUCCUUUUUUUUAAGCCACAGUUUCAUUGUCUUAGUCAAAACAGGAUUAUUAAAUGAUUAUUUUAAAUUCAUUUUUUAUUAGCAACUUCAAGUAUAGCAACUUCGAAACUGGAAUAAGUGUUUAUUUUCUAUUAAUAAAAAUGAAUUUUGACAAAAGUGGACUCUGACUUCCCCUCCCCCCCCCACCCCUUUGGGAUAAAAAUUUUCCAACACUGCCAGGAGUUUUCAGACACACAUUAAAUUAAAGGAAAGAAUAUAAUGAAGUUAAGCAGCUGGGGUAUAGGAUAGUACUUAAUUUUCAAGAUCACCCAAAGCUGCACUAUCAAACCAUAGUUGACCAAGUAUAGUAGAAAGAAAAAGACAAACAAGCAAACAAAAACAACCAUGCACAAGAACAGACAUUUGCUUGAUCUGCUGGCUUAAAGGACAAACAUUUACUUUGCUUCUCUGAAAACAUUAACCUUUAAAAAUGUGAUUCUGGGAAAUUCAUGCCACCAGCUUAAAGCCCACUGACAGUGAAGUGUAUAUAUCAGUUUCAUCUUGCCCAAUAAAAAUUUAUCCGACAGAAGCCAAGAUAACAUCUACAGGUGUUCCAUCUUUGCUUCUGACAGUCACCUGCAUGGUCACUCCAUCUGCUAAGGCCAGCCUGGACCUCACCAGUAAAUCAUAGCCUCCUCUGUAUAUACCUGAGAGCAAAAAAGUGAGGAAAACCAUAUUAAAAAUUCAAAAUGAUCUCUGAAUAAUGAAACUUAUGCUCUGCCUACAUCUGCUUUCUAGGAAUUUUCAGUUAAGUUUUUCUGGAGAUUUGCAUUCAUGGUGGGAAUUGAAUCCCACAUAAAAUUCUAAAUAAUCUAUUGUAUUCUAAUGAUACCAGGUGCAUAGAAGGUAUUCAGUAAUAUUGACUUGGAGUAUUCAAAGUGGGGGUUGGCACUGGUGUCCAUGAAGACAUUGUAUUUUAGUGUUUCAGGCCAAUUAGGUAUCUUAAAAGAAUAACUUAAGAAAAGCAUGCAAAUUAAUUAAACAGCUGAGACAAAGUAUUCAUUUUGACUGGGCUUCACAUUGUAACUCAUAAUGGGAUGUUGGAACAGUAGCAGGGCAUGAGAUGGCCAUCCACAUCCCUUCCUGUUAAAUUUUAUAACAAAAGAUGGGAAAUCUGAUAAAAGCUUCUUACCUGCCAGAUACAGGGAAUGAGAAUUCUUGUUCUCAGGUACUUUGUCUGACCUUUCACAUGGCUGCAUGCCCAGAAAUGUGAUGAUGUUGCUGACAGCUUCUGUGUUGAGAAGUUUUAUGUGACAGUAUUAGAAGCGUUAAGUGUAGGGAAUCUGCCCACGAGUAUGCUCUGGAAGGUGGGGGAGAGUGGGGUGUGGAAUAGAAACUGGUUGACUCAAUUAGAUGAUAAAGACAGGGUCUUGGCCUAUUAAGGAAAAGGAUUUAUGACAUAUUUAAUGAAAAGGGAUGUCUUUUGGGAAAAUAAUUUAUGUCCCUUAGGUUUUAUACAAGCAAUACCCUGAUAACAAAAUUGUUCUCACCUUCAAGGGUUUUGGUAGAACUGAGGGCAAAGGUCUCCUCUUUCUCAAAGGUGUCUCCAACCUCUUCCCAAGCAGCAGCAAAAUUAGGCUUCAGUACCUUCUGAAUGUGGUCAGACACAGUCACUUCAAGAUCUUCCAGCUAGUGGAUAACAAAAAAAGGGAUAAAUGGGAUAAAUGGGAUAAAUAAAAGCCCUUUCAGGACAAAACAAAGUUAAGAUGUUUUUACCAUUCUGUGUUACAACCUUUGCAGGAGCCUCUCAAAAACUCUGCUACAAAUGUUUAAGUUCUGUACUCUGGAUAAGCCUAAUGCUCUAGGCCUUAGCAAAGGAACACAAGAAAGUAAGACAUCUGGCAAAAGCCUUAUUCUAAGGCUUUUUCUAUGACAUCACAACUCAAAACGAUAACUUCUUUAAUAUAAGUGUUAAUAGAGUGAUGUAUGAAGGUGCCAGACUAAUACCAGAUCAGUAUCUGUAGCCCUGAUGUAUAAAGUAGUCAUAUUGUCACACCUCACCAACUGAGGUCAGGCCAUACAGUUCCUUCUGAACUUAGCAUUCACUCACAGGUUGAUUUUUUUUUUUUUUUUUUUUUUAAGUAAGUUUUCCCUCUAGUAUGUGAAAGCUUUUCAGUCCAUGAUCUGGCUAUAUUAUGAGUAAACUAAAAGUUGCUAAACCAAACCAAAACACUUUAAAUAAAACUGAUCUCAGUGAAAAGCACAUAAUUAUUUUCAUCUUAAUUAUUCCUAUUAUAAAGAAAAAAGGUAAGCAUAUUUGUUUUAACUAACUGUCAAGUGGUAAAUCUCAACUUCCUAGCAUGAUGCAGUCCCAAUCCAGAGGAGGAUGAUCCAAGUCUUCCUCAGUUGUAAUCUCUUUGUGAAGAAUAAAAACCCUACAGGUUCAUGUUAUCUCAAAGCAGAAGUCACUCAGUGUUCCAAGCGUGUCAGAGUAAAUCUCUAUUUAGGGAAAACUCACCACAUACUCAUCAUCAUAUCCAUCCUCAUCUGGAACUCCAGUGUUAGGGUCACAGUCCCGGACUGUGAACUUCAUGGUGCAGCUAAAGGUGCAUGCAACUGCAGGGGAAAGAGCAGGCAAGCCUGUAUCAACGGCUAGUGUGAGCACAAAGUUCAAAGUUACAUCAGUAACUUAGGAAAGUACUGUUUGCACCUGAUACUGUGUUCUACAUUAUCAAGUUAAACAUACAAAGGCCGCAUUUUCUAGGGUAGUAAUGGGCUGGUCAAAAAGGCAAUUUCUUCAAGUAUGGUUCAAAAAUCUAGCCUCUACUGUGGGUUAAACUAGUACAAAAGAGAUGACACGGGCAAAACUUUGUUUUUAUAUCAGUAUGAAGAAAUCAGCAAGGGAGAUACUUUUGGGAUUUUUUGCCAUGCCUGUCAAAGGGAUUAUAUGUUGAAAAAUUUGAGAACCACUGCUCUAGGAGCUGACAAAGUAAAAAGAAAAAGACGGUAAAAAGCACACAGAGUAACAAAUUAAUGUCGACCAAGUACACCAGAGUCUUAAUACCAACACUGUCUUUAGGUUGUGGACUGAAAGUGGUUCCACAGAUCACCAGAAUGCACUUGCUUUAUGUUAAAUUUUAAUGAGUAGGUUAAUAAUGAGGUCCUAAUAUAGGUAAAGAUAGUAGUGUCUUAGAAUGAAAAAUCAAGUGGGCGAUUUUAUGUGUUGAGAUGACUGGUGGAAGUAAUAAAUGGUGGUGGCGGGCACAUUUUUAGAAAGUGAAGAAGACAGGAUUUUCCAAAGUGUCUGAAGGAGGGGAUUUAACAAGCAUGGGUGAAGAAAAGGCAUUUAGGGUCUAAUCCAUGGUCUGGGAAAAGGUUUAUAGGUACAUUAAUUAUUAGAAAUUGAGGAUUCAGAAAAUUUUUUGGGGAAUGGACAAGGAGAGGAAAGGAUCGACGUGGAUAUAAAGCCAUUGUAUGACAGGUUGGGUAGGGAGACUUUCAUCUGUUCAGUCUUGACUUGAAACUCUAUCCAUUCAUCCAAACAUGUAAUGAAUGUCAAUACAUGUUGACAUUCAAUGCAAAGGGCAUAAGCUAAUGUGCCACACAUUUAGAUAAGACGAUGACUGAGACAUGACACUGUCUCCAUGAGCUGACUGUCUGAGUUAAUAAAGUGUGCGUGCACACAUACAACCUCUCUAUAUCUAUGACAUCACAAUUCAAAACGAUAAGUUCUUUAAUAUAAGUGUUAAUAGAGUGAUGUAUGAGGGUGUAGGAUUAAUACCAGAUCUGCCUGGGAAAAUCAUAAAAUCUCUGAAUGAAAGAAUAUAAUAGCUUAGAUCUCAAAAGAUGAAAAAGUGCUUUGCAAUUGGAGGAAGGUAUACAAGGUAAGGGAAAGUGGCCAGAAUGGCCAUGGGGCAGUCUGAAAACAGUAAGAGGUAUCACUAAUGCAUAGGGUCUGAGAAGAGAAUUUGUUUAGGAAAAAAUUGUGAAAUACCUUGUACUUCAAAUGAAGGAUAUUAGACAUUUUUCAACAGGAGACUGAAAGGUUAGAGAUAAGUUAAAUAAAAAUGGCGCCACCAGUGAGAAUCUGUGAAAAACACAGGUCUGAAUUCAGAAAGUAAAUGGAUUCAGUAGAGUGUGUUGGAAACAGAUGAUGGCAGUGGGUUGCCUGAUCAGGAUGAGUGCCUUAUAGGAAACAGUGUACCUAUCAAGACUACAGAAUUUAUUUCAAUGCUAUAAAAGAAUGACUACGGUUAAAUUAAAGUAUGGUUUUCUGCAGGGUGAAAGUGGGAUGAAGAAAAAAGAGCUGGAAGUUAACAGAGACCAAGAGGUCAACUGUAAAGUAUUUUAAAAAAAUGAAGGAAGAGAUAUGGGAUUACGGUAGGAACAAAGGUCAUGAUCAAACAAGAAUGAAGAGGCAGAAAAGAUAUUAAAGAAUAGAAAAUUAUAUGAAGCCCAGCUUGGUUUAGAUUGAGCAGGGAGGCUACAGGCAAAUGAGGAUGAGGAGCAAGGAGAGAGAAAAUUGGGAACAAUGAUAGUCACAGACUGCUGCAAACUGAUUGAAUAAGUAAAGAAAGAAGACAUUUACAUAUAAGUAAGUAAUACAGAGAAAAGGAUUAAGGAAAUACAUACUAGAGAUAAUGUUAUGGAAAACUUUGUGGCAAAUUUUUAAUUAAAUGGUUCAGUUGAUACGAUAAAAGGUUACAGGGAAUCUAAGAUGAACUCGAGUCUAUCAGUGUUGCUAGAGAGGAUGACACUGAGUGAUGAGGAUGAGGGUAAAAGGGGUGUUUCCAAUGCAACAGAACAAUACUGAAUCCAUUGUCAUAAUAUUAAGAGGAGAGUUUCAUGAACAAAGCAAGGCAAAUAACCAGAAGGAAUAAGGGAAGAAUGCCCUAAAGAUCCAUGUUAAAGUUGGUCUCAGAAAUGAGGCUUAUCUUGUGAGGAAGUUGUCUGAAAAUGAGAGAAACACUACUGAGGAGAUUUGUAUGAAAAGAACUUGGAAAAUUAAGGAAAAGAUGUGUCCUAGAAGCUAAUUAAGGAGAGGGAUGUGUGAAUUAGGUUGGGGUGCAGAACAUGUAGUGUGGCAAAUGCAAGAGUGGGAAAUUUGGUAGGGAAUUGCCAGGUCUCAACCACUGGAGGGGAGAUGUUGACUAAAUAAGAAAUGGGGCUAAGAGGAGAUUCCAGAAAGCUUUUUGUAGUAAUAAUUUUAAAAAAGGGUAUGGUCAGUAGGGGGGAAGAUUAGAAACAGGGUAAAAGGGAUGGAUCUGAAACAGGCUAACUGCAGCAAUUCAGGUAGGUCUGAACCCAACUGAGAUGGAACUGAUGCAGUAUAGUGUGCAGGAAAUCAAGGAAGAUGGAAGUGAGUUGAAUAGUGAGUGGCAAAAAUGAGGAGUAAACUCAAGUAGAAAAAAUGUUGAAUUCAUGGGAAUGAUAUACAAAUGGCAGGAGGGAGGCUGAGGAUGAGCUUUUUUUUCUAAGGCAAAUAUAGGGGAGAAAGGAGGAAAUGCACAGAAAAGCAACGUCAUAUUUGCCCUCAGAUGAAAAGGAGUCAUUAAGGAAUGGUAGACAUAAUUGCAAAGAAAAGGCAUCAUACCUGGUUUCAAAGUCAUGAUGGGAUAAAAAAAGAGAGAUCAGAAACUAAGGAAAGGAAGCAUUGUGUGGUGGCGGACCUACAAAAUAGAGCAACUGAGAAAUAAAGAUCUAGAAUGGGGAAUCCCGACAGAACUCAAAACAAGUCCAACUGGUCAUAUCCAAAAGUGUAAAGGCCAUAUUGCAAUGAAAAGUAUAUAGAAAGAGUGAGGCACAAGGACUUGAAUUGGAAGCAGCAGUUGGCCAGCUCUUGAGGUCUUGGAGAGAAAUUGUUAAUUAAAGGACUUGGUUAAUAGGAAAGGUUAUCGGGGGAUGAUUAAGAUGAAUGCUGAUAAAAAAAAAAGCUAUUGUUGGAAACUUUUUAGAGAUACUAGGCUUGAUUUAUGAGAGGGUCAAAGUAGUUUGUCCAGAGAAUUGAUUAUUGCUAUUAGAUGGGGAAUGGGUGAAGAUUAUGUGGGAAGCACAUAUGAAGAGAAGAAUUCUGCAUCUUUUCCUUCUGUAGAGAGAUAGUCAGUGAAAGAAUAAUGGAUAGUUAAGAACUCAAGAAGUAGUGUGCCAUUAGAAUUGCUCUUUGAAGUUCCCUUGCCAUAUGAGGAUUGGCCAGAAGUGAUGGACUAUUUCCUCAGGAGAUCAUAGAAGAGGAGAGAGAGAUGAUGGAAGCUGGAAGCCAAAAAAGGAGAAAGGAUGUAGUAUUUAGGCUGGGGUACAAAACACAAGGUAUGGCUAAGGAAGGGCAUUAGAGAGGUCCAGAAUAAGGAAUACAGGAAAAUGGUAAAGUUUCCUAUUCAGUUGAGAAAUAUGGGUUAAGCUAGAGUACAACCAAAGAAGUAAAAAGAAUGCAACAAGAAAGUAGCUAAAUAAGAAUUGGUGUCAUGAGAGAGUGCUGUCUGGGAAUCUCUGCUUGAAAGAUAUUUGAAACAAGUGUGAUCAAUAACUAAAAGGUUAAAGAGUCUAAAUGGGAUGGAUCUGAGCCAUGGGCCAGUGACAGGAAUUGUCUGAAGGUCCAGACUGAAAUCAGAGUACAAAUAUAAUAUUUAGAACAGUGUGGAGGAAACAGAAAACCAUGGGAAUAUAUAAAGAUAGAAGCUGAAAAAACAAGACACUGCAUUGGUGUUUCUGUAGUAUAAACUGAGGAAAAGAGUGGAAGAGCCUGCAGAAGAGAUGGGGUCAUUACAUUAGUGGAUACUGAGAGGAAGGACAUGGCUUUAUAUUUGUACAAAGAUCACGACUGAUUAAGACCAAGGAAAGACUCUGGAAACUAAGUAAAAUAAAGGGAGCAGUAUAUGAAGAACAGUUAAGAGUGGAUGAAGUGGAAUCAAGGCAGGGAAGAUGAGGAAUAGAGACACAGAAGAAGAAAUCCUGUGAAAUCUUAGAGUGGAUCUGUUUGGUCAAAUGUUAGGUCUUAAUUCCAGACUUUGAAAAGCAGUAUAUACAAUGGAGAAGAACAAGGACCUAAAAGGUAAUGGGGAAGCUUUGGUGGGAAAGUUCUAAUUAGAAGGAUUAGAAAGAAAUGGAUUAAGAUGAAUCUUGAUUUAAGUUUGCUACCCUCAGUUUUAUAAGACACCACAAUAGAUCUUUGAGUAGUCUGUCUGUAGAAUGGAUGCUUAGUAAUGGGAGGCAAGUGCCGGAGAUCAUGUUGGGAACCCAAUUCAAGAGUACAACUUCAUUUGUUAUUUCCAUGUUCAGAUGGUAGAUGAAAGAGCUAUAUAUAAUAAAGAUAUUAUGUGUAUAUAUAUAACAUCACACAAGUGCCACAUUAAAGUUACACUUAGAAGUUACUCUGUCAAGUGAAGAUUUUCUGAAAGUGAGAGACAGAUACUGGGAAUAGAACCUAUCUAGCGAGUGCUGUUCAGGAAGAGACUUGAGUCUAUGUGAAUGAAAUAUAAAUGGUAGUUUAAAGAAGGGGGGUUGAAGACAAGGUAGCAUAUUUCUUCAGGGCAAGCUAGGUAACAAGGAGAAAAGGAAUGGAAGAACAACAAUAAAGUUGCCCCCAAAGGGAGAGGGGUCAUUUGAAGAAUGGCAGGUACUUACUGAAAGUGGAAGGCCCCAAACUUGGGCCAAAAGAGAUGGAAGAAAAGAGGAGUUAAAGCUAAGAUAAUGUAUAAAUUAGAAAAUGACUCUGAGUUGGUGGUAUGGUAAUAAGAAAGACCAUAUGCACCAUAAAGACUCCCAGAAUGGGGAAUCCUCUCAGAUCUCAGAGUAGAUCUAAGUGGUCAAAUACGUUGGGUGCAAGCCCAGAUUGCAAUGACUAGUACAUAUAAUGGGGCAGAAACAAAGGCCUGAAUAGGAAUGACAGCCAGAAGUGGACUUGCUCUUGAUGUCUUGGUGGGAAAUUAAUAAUUAAAGUGCUUGGUUGAGAGCAAAGUUUAGGGUAUUGCUUCUUGAAAUGACCAUGAGAGCAUUACCUAGGAAUCUGUUAGAAAUAUAAAUUCUUGGGCCCCACCCAAGACCUACUGACUCAGAAACUCAAGGUGGGGCCCAGUAGUUUAUGUUUCAACAAGCUACAGUUUGAGAACCAUUGCUUUAGACAAAGGCAGACUAAGAGUAAUUCUGAUAAAAAGCCUUGGCUAGCAACCUGUCAUGUUAAGAUUAGCUGCAAAUUAGAAAUACAACUAAGGACGCCUGUAUGAAAAGACAGGAGAGAAGAAACUGGAGAAGGUAGAGGCUAAAAAAAGGAAAGGAGACAUUAAUUAGGCUAGGGUGCAGAAUUCACAGUAUUGUAAAAUGGGAGAGUAGGAGAUUUAGUAGAGUGAUUUCAUAUUAAUCUAGGUCAUAACUACUCAGAGGAAGAAGAGAAAGUAGCUAAUUAAGGGGGAACUGUUCAGGAAGCUCUGCAGAAGAGGAUAGAGAGAAGCUAAAUGGGAGGAACCUAAAAUCCAGUCCACAGUCUGAACAGUGAGUGCUGAAUAUGAGGUGUUGAUCCAGAAGAGACGGCUGAAUCUAUGGGAGUGAUAUAUAGACAGUAUCUGAAUGAAGGAGGUAUGCUGAAGAUAAGGUAGAUAAGAUACAAUAAAGACAGGAGUAGAACAGUGAAGUUAAAACUGCCACCAGAUGCAAAUAUUGACAAUAUUGACACAGAAAUUGUCACAGAUACUGACUGGAAGAAUGUGGCACCAUACUAGAGCCAGAAGUCAUGACAGAAAAGGGAGAGGCUAGAAGCUAACCAAGGGAAGCCUUGUCUAAAGAAUAGAAAAUUGGUUUUGAGUGAGGAAGAGAGUGGAGGCAAGCUAGGUAACAAGGAGAAAAGGAAUGGAAGAACAAUAAAGUUGCCCCCAAAGGGAGAGGUCAUCUGAAGAAUGGCAGGUACUUAGUGGAAGUGGAAGGCCCCAUACUUGGGCCAAAAGAGAUGGAAGAAAAGAAUAUGCAUCCAUCACCAUGAGAGGUUAAGAUACCAUGAUUAUGAAAGGUUAAGAUAUACAGGGCAAAUAUCCAAAGAGAAACUGGAAAGACUGUCUUGUAAGAGGGACACUAAAUAUGCACUCAGAAUUUAAGAAACAUAUUAGGAUAUGCUAAAAGUGAGAGAAGCAACUGAUGGCACUUGUAUGAAAAAAAUAGCAAAGAAGGACAGAGCAAAAGAUGGCGGUUGGAAGCUAAAUAAGGAGAACGGCUGUCUGAAUUAGGCUGGUGUGCAGAACAUGUGGUGGUAGAAAAACAACAAAUAUGGAAGGGCAUUACAGAGGGCCAAAUGGGAACACUGGGAAAUGGGAGUUGGAAAUUUGUCAGAGUUGUCCACUAACAAGGAGAGAGAGAGUGAGGUAAGAAGUGACAAAGUUAAGAAUUGGGUUUUGCUGUCCAGGAAACUUUGCUGGAAGAAUAUUGGAAUUAAUGGGUGUGGCUGAUAAUAGUGAGAGUUAAGAGGCUACCUAGGAUGGAUCCAUUGGUAGCAGGCCAAUGGUAGGAAUCUUAUGAACAUUUGGGCUGAACUGAGUACAAACAAAUGCAGUAAAGAGGCAACAGUGGGUUGAGCAGUGAGUACCUGAUGGGAGGGGAGUAUCUAUCCAUUGAUAAUGAAUCUGUAGGAAUAAUACAGAGGUGAAAUAAGGAGGUGAAAGAAAUAAAGAAGAUAAGACAGCAUGUUUCUCUGGGGGAAAAAUAAGGGACAAAGAGGAAAGGAAUGGAAGAGAAGAGUGAAGAAUCUACAAAUAUGAAGGGAUCAUUUGAAGAAUGGCAGGUAUUGACUAGUGCAUUGGAACCAUACUUGGGCCAAGGUUAUGAUAGAAUAAGAAGAAAGAGUUUUUUAGCGAGUGAAGGAGCAUUGUAUUAUUUAGAGAAGAGAUAAGAGUAGAUGGAGUGGCAAGAUGAAUAAUAAAGAUGGAGAAACCUGUAAGACCUCAAAAUAGUUUAACUGGUCAAAUUGGAUGGGAAGUCGCAAUAGUAAUGAGUGGUGUAUCUAAAAGGAACGUUUCAAGGGCCUGGAUAGGCAUAGGAAUUAGGUAGUAGACUAGCUCUUGAUGCCUUAUGUAGAACUUUUUAAUUAAAAACUUGGUUAAUAGGAAAGUUUAAGGGCAUUUUAUUAAGAUGAAUUCUCCUAAAAAGAUUUUGCUAGCAACCUUAUUGACCAAUUAGGAAGUGUGGGGUGAGUGGUUUUUCUGUAGAGGUUAUUGGUAUUUUUUGAGGAGUGGUUAUGAAUCACGAAGGAAGUAAACAUCAGGAGAGGAGUAUUGUAUCCAUUGCUAUGGUAUAGUGAUUGUAGCCAAAAUGGAUAGUUAAGAUAUGGUAGAGUACAGUAUAGUAUAAUGGGAAAGAAGAGAGGGGUUUUAAUCUAAGUUAUGGGAGGGCUGCAUGAGUUACAGAGGAGUUCUAAGUAAUCAGACUGGCAAAAAAAGGCAGAUAAGGUAUGGCUCAGAGAGACCCAGAAUGCAAAAAUCUGUAGGACCUCAAAAUGAGUCUAAUUUGUCAAAUGUUUGAUGAAAGAGAUGGCAAUGAGUGAUUUAUAUAAUGAGAAAGAGGCACAGGUCUGCAUUUAAAUAGGACUCAGAAAGUAGACUAGCUGUUGAAGUUUUGAAGGGAAAAAUUCUGUUAAAGGAUAUAAUUUAUAUUCAUUUUAGAAACCUUCGAAGAUAACAGUACUUGUUAUUUAUGGAUAUAAAAAUAUUUAAUUAUAAAAACAUGUAUGAGGGUAAGUAUCAAAUUUAUGUAGUGUUUUUCUCUUGGAAAAAAAAGUUAAAUGAUUCUGGAGAGUGGUACAGAGAAGUCUCAAUUGUAUGUGUGAUAUUUUAUUUCUUAAAAAAAAUCAGAAAGAUUUUUUUUUUUUGAGAGGGUGGGACAUUUUAAACUAAAGGGCUUGAUUGAAAGGAAAGUUUGGAGGAGGAAGAUUAGAAUGGAUCUUGGUUUCAAAAACAAAAACAAAACAAAACAAAAAACUACAAAAAAACACUGUUAGCAAGCCAAAGACAUUGGUUUGACCAGCUAGAAAGUGUGGGUGAGUAGUUUAUUUGGAGAGAGGAUGGUCUGUAUUUAGUGAGAAGUGGAUGGGUAACCUCACGAGAAGGGUAGUAACCAUUACUAUGAUUACAGAUGGAAAAUAUUAUAGAUAUUUAAUAUAUAUGGCAGUGUGAAUAUUCAAAGGAAAUCAGGAAGAAAUUGAUGUAUGUAUGAUGUUAAAGUUAGCUCAGAAAUUAAAGUGUCAUAUUAGAAUUGGCUGUGAGAGAAAUUACUUAGGAGAUAUGUAGAAAAAAAGAGAGAGAAGGAAAAAGUAGAGAAAAAAUGAGACUGGAAUUUAAAAAAGAGAAUAUGUGGAAUUUAGGUUGGGGUGCAGAGCCUACAGUUUUGCAAAAUAUUACACAAGGAAUGGCCUUAGAGGGCCAGAAUGAGGAAUGCUGGGAUAUCGUAAUUGGAGUUUGGUGAAGAAUUGUAUGUUAAGCCAGAUAUCAACCAUGGGAGGAAAGGCAUAGGUGAGAAUGUGGCUAAAAAAAUGAUGUGUUGAUGUCCAGAAAGCUUUGCUGGAAAUAUAUUUGAAGGAAUGGGUGUAGUCAUUAGAAUGAGAAGUUAGAGAGAGUUAAAUAUGAUGGCCUUAGAACAGAUCAGAGCAGGAAUCCAAGGACAGCCCAGACUGAAUGCAGAAUAGGAUCAGAUUCAAUACAGAGUGUAGGGCAAAUGGAAUAUGGAAGAGGAUGAAUAGUGAGUACUGAAUACAAAGAGGGUAUGUACCCAGGAGAGAAUGAUGAUAUCCGUGGGAAUGAUAUAGCUGAAAGAAAAAUGAAUGUUGGAGGAAAAACUGGAGCAAGUUUGCAGUAAAAGGAGAAGGGGGAAAUGGAUAAAAGGACCAUAAGGGCAAUGUUCAAGUUGCUCACAGAUGGAAAGGCAUUAUUUGAAUAAUCAGAUAUUGAUAAGAGAAAUGGCUAUUGCUCCAUUCUUGGGCCAAAGGUCAUGAUGGAAGAAAAAGAAAUAAAGGAUGGCAAGUAAUUAAGGGGACUUUUGUAUAAGUUAGAAAGCAGUUCUGAGUAGGUUGAAUGACAACAAAGCAAAUCAGGUAUGAAUUAAAGAAACACAGAAUGGGAAAACUGACAGAUCUCAGAACUGUGUAUGGAGUGGGAGAGGAACAGGGGCCUGAAGAAGAACAGGAGUUGGAGUUGGCUGGCUCUUGAAGUCUUACUGGGAAAUUUGUGAUGGAAGUGAUUAGUUGAUAGGGGUGGCUGGAAGAACAUGAAUUAAGAUAAACCCUGAUAAGAAGCCACUGGUGGAAACCUUAAAAACAUCAGUAUUGAUCUUUUAGAAGUUAUGGAUUGGAUACUCUUUCUGUAGAACAAAUGAUUAAUAUUGGUUGAUGAGUCGUUGAGGAUAAUGAUGAGGUAAACCUCAAGAGAAAAAUCCUGCACUCAUUGAUUUAUUAUAGAGUUAGUGAUUAAAAGAAAAAUAGAAUAUUUAUGAUUUGGCAGGAUAAAUAUUCAACGGGACUUGUGGAAGACUUGCGUAUAAGAGUGGUGUAAAAUUUUUGCUGAUAAGUUAAGGAAUCUGUUAAGACAGGCUGAAAGUGAGAGAAGCAAGUAUGAAAGCUUGUAUAAAGAAGAAGAAAGGAGAGGAAGAGAAGAUGGUGUCUGGAAAGGGGAUGUUUGAAUUAGGCUAGUUUUGGAAUAUGCCAUGUGCAAAAUGGCAAAUCAUUAUGGAGGGCCAGAAUGAGGAAUGUGGGUAUCACCAGCUAUCUAAAACUAUCUGAAUACUUGUUAUGUUAACAUGAAAGGUUUUUAUCCAAGUGUCACUAUGGGACUGGGAAACUUGGUACAGAAAGUAGCAUUCUUGUGCUAGAAAAACGUUUAGUUUGCACACAGGUAUUUGAGAUGGUAUAUUUUUGCUGUAGUCAUCUCAGUUCUAUAGGGAUCGCUCCUGCUCACUCCUAUGCUGAAGUUUUCUAAAUAUGCUGUGUAUUAUUCCUGUCAUUCUCCCCAAAAUAUGAGUAGGUAACUUGGGCAACUCAAGCAAUUCGCCAAUCAGCCAGUAACCAUUUGCAAAAAUUUUAUUUGUUUACUUAAUUAAAAACCAUGUAUGGAUUUGUUAUUUAUCUUGAAAACAUUUCAUUGUUCCACGUACUGUAAAAGGAAAUUCUAAGUCUAGUCUUUUAUUGCAGUACGGGAUCAUUUUGUACUAUACACAAACAUGUCCACUAAUGAAGGAAUUACAUGUUAAAUAAUUAGGUAAUUGUUCUUUAAAAUGGUUUAUAUUAUAAGAAAUACUUAAUACACUUUGAUAACAGUGUUUUAGUGACAGCUGAUAAAAUCUGUUGGGUUUUUUAAAGGGAGACGGACAAGGGUUGGUUUUUUCUUCAAAUUUAAUAUAAUACAGUAUAAGCUUUUACUACUAAAAAUCGUUAUUUGGUGUAUUUUAAGCAAAGCAUAAUGAAAACUACUUGUAAUUAUAAAGCAUUUGAGUCAGAGAAGUGUGGAGAGAACUGUGUGGUAAGAGUUCUUAAACAAAGGAAGAGAGUAAGGGAAGAGAUAAAGUGUAACUAAAAAUUAGGCAUAAGAGGGAUAAUGCCUAGAAAAGUAUGUCUGCAAAAAAAAGUACAGUCAAUAGAGAAAAAGGUUAGAAGAGGUUCAGUGAAGUGGAACUGAAAAAAGGCAAGUGAGAGGGAUCCUACCAAGAAAUAAAAAGACAGUCCAGAGCAAUUCAGCAUAGUGUUUGGGAAAGAAGAAAUACAGAUAUAAAUUGAGCAAUGAAUGUAGAACAAAAGGAGGUAUCUCAGAAGAAGAUAUUCAUGAAUGCCUAGGAAUGAUACACAGUAUAUGGAUGGUUAAUAGAAACAUAUUUUUUAAUGGUAGAAGAGAGGAAAACAAGAAAAUGGGUGAAGAAGGAAUUUCAAAUUUACCAUUAGAAAGGAAAAUUUUGUGAAGAAUGGCAGAUUUUGAAAAACAAGAUUUGGUACCAUGAUUGCACCAAAUAUAACGGAAUACAGAAAAAGAUAAUUGGUGGAAGUUAAGUAGGAAGAGUACUGUAUGGACUAGACAACAGUUCAGAAUGGAAAUCACCUUCACAAUAAGGAGACCCAAAAACAUGGAGGACAGUAGGAGAAGCAGUGCAUAUAUCAAGAAAAGGGAUAUAGGAUUAAAGAUGUGCCAAAGGUAUAGAUGAAAAGAAGAGUGCAGGCAAAAUAGAAGAAAGUCAGAAGGGAAUUAUAAGCAUUACAUUGGAGUUUAAGAACAAGAAAAGAGUAGAAAAGAUAGGUUGAGCAGCAUGUUUAAACAAUUUGAAAGAAUGGCAGAGAGGUUAACAGCUGAAGCAUAACUGAGGUACAAUGGGUGAAUGGAUGUAUGUAAACAAAAUAAAAAAUGCAUAUCCAUGAAUAUAGAAAGGAUUUCUAAUUCCAUGAGAG